CGGAUCAAAUUUGUAGUAGGGGGCUGGACCGCUUGAGGCUGAUAGGGAACAGAGGGAGAGAAAGAGACCAUGGCGCUGUGGACGUCUCCGCUUCCACCGAUCCCCUUCGGAAGCCGCUGGUCAGAAUCCUCAUCUCGCAUCCGAGCUUUGUCGUCGGACGUUCCCGUUCCGGAUUUCCUCUCCUCCGAUUGGCUUCAAUCUCGCAAGAAAAGGCCCUUUGGUCCUAAGUUGGAAUUCAGUGCAGAAGAAGCUAUACAAUGCCAAAUUGAUGCAUUAAAAUAUAAUGAUCAACCUCGCCCAGACUAUGGAAUAGAAGUCAUGUACAGGUUUGCUGGAUUUGAUCCUUUUGAAAGGUCGACCUACUUUGGACCAUUCUUUGACCUAGGACAGUUUGAACGCUUUCGGCGAAUCUUUCACCAUCCAACAUAUCGGGUUUUGCUUGCUCACAAGGAAAGGAGCAUCUUGAGCAACUUAUGGGUGAAAGAGAACCGAUUCAAGCAACGAGUUUGGAUCCGAGGGUCACGCCCGGAGGAAGAAGAGAUCUUUGAAUUUACAAUGGUUCAGAGGAUUGGUGGUUCCUGGGAUGGAUAUUGGUUAACAGAGAGCUUGGUUCAUGACGGGGAUGGAUUUUCUGGUGGGCUUGCCUAUUAGUGGAUUAAUCUCUGGCUGUAUAUAUCACUUGAAAAAUCUCUCUGUUGAAUAAUACACAACUGUGCUACAGAUAGGUAGCGAAAGAUGUGUAUUAAGACGGGGGCAACUUUAAGACUUAAACCGGUUUACCUGUGUUAAAUUUGGUCAACACUUCUGUGGAGAACUCCUUCCAAGCCAUCCGAUCAACAUAUUGAGAAAUCCAGCUAGGAUCAUGUGACUUGGAAGGUGUCCUCCAUGGAAAUUUCUAUGAGCAUGUGCAAGUUUUAUCUCAUUUCAUUAGUUUUGGUUAUUGAGACGCAGUUUUGAAUUAUAGAUGGAUGUGUUCUAGAGAAAGGAUAACUGAUGUCUCUGGCUAUCUAAUGUGUUCUACAGAAACAAUUUAGCAAGACUUAAAGAAGUAUGUCUGAGAAUGUAUAGUAGAUUCAGCCUGUUUAUAUAUAAAUCAAUGCGCGUUUAUGAUCAA